AUGUCGCUGGCCGAUCGCAUUAAACAAACAAGUCAUGCCGUUUUGACAGGCACCUCGCUCUCAGUCGUGGCAGGAGCAACAACCGGCGCCGCGGUAGCGAUUCUCAGAAAUGCACCUGUCAAACAAUAUACCGUUACAACUGCACUUAAUUGUGGUGUUUUUGGCGCAACGUUCUUCAGUAAGUACAUAUAA